AUGUUUAAGGUUGAAAGCUUACAGAUCAUUGCCACAGAGCAACAGGCACCGCCUUUGAAGCAACGGAAGUUCAAGAGCGCCAGAUUAGUCGGAGAAUACGAGAAACCAUGGACAAAGGAGAAGGAACUACGGAAGAUAUGGGAUAAAGUCAUCUUCUUUGGAUUCCUGAUUGCUGGAUUGGGCAUCGGAGCUUACAUCUGCUAUGAUGGAUGGCGGAGUGUGCCCCACGACAACUAUUGUCCGCUUUUUGAAGACGACUUCACAAACGGAAUAAACCCAGAACACUGGAAUCAUGAGGUUGAGCUCGGCGGCUUCGGGACCGGCACGUUCGAUUGGACAACUUCGGAUCCCAGGAACUCCUUUACUGACUCCGAGGGGCUCCAUAUCGUCCCUACCUUCACUGUCGAUACGACCAACAUCACCCUAGCCCAGAUUAACGACGGCUACGUGCUCAAUCUUACAAAGACGGGCGGCGAUGGCACUUGCACGAGCGCAAAGAAGAUCCCCGGCGGAGAUUGCUCAGUGCGCAGUAACGUAACCAGCGGGGCCAUCAUCAACCCUGUGCGAAGUGCGCGUCUUACUACUCGGGGGAAGCUAAAUCUGACUUACGGCAAGAUUGAGGUCGUGGCCAAACUUCCCAAAGGCGACUGGCUGUGGCCAGCGAUCUGGAUGAUGCCUGAGAAGGACGUAUACGGCGAAUGGCCAGCGUCAGGAGAGAUAGACAUCAUGGAAUCAAAAGGAAAUUACGGUGACGACUACGACGGCGGCCGUGACGAGAUCUCCGGAACCCUCCACUGGGGUCCCAAGACCGUCCUCGACCUCUUCUGGAAGACGACCGGCAAGCGCGGCAUCCGCCGGACCGACUACUCCAAGGACUUCCAUGUCUAUGGCAUGGAGUGGACCCCUAAUUACAUCUACACUUAUGUCGACUCGCGUUUAGCUCAAACCCUCUUCGUUAAGUUCUCCACUAAGAUGGGUAAUCUCUGGAAGCGCGGCGGGUUCCAAAAUAUGUUCGUCAACGGCUCAGCUUUGAGCGACCCUUGGUCCCAGACCGGCCGUCCGAACACCCCGUUCGAUGAGCCGUUUUAUCUGAUCCUUAAUGUCGCUGUUGGUAGUACUACUGGGUACUUCCCUGACCGCCAAGGCGACAAGCCCUGGAUCAACUUCUCGCCUACGGCUAUGCGAGACUUCUGGAACGCGCGGAACUCGUGGAUGCCGACGUGGGGGAAGGGGAAUGAGCUUGGGAUGACGGUCAAGUCGGUCAAAAUGUGGAGGGAGGGGAAGUGCUGAGCAUGAUACGGUUAUGUAGAGAAAGUUGUGUUUCU